AUGAGAAAAAAGGAGUGCCUUUUGUUUUUGCCCCUUGGCACGGUCGUCUUGGGGGAGGGGACGGCAGAGAAGGGACUAGCAGAGCGAAGGAUGCAACGACAGGAAAUGAGAGAGCUUCGACAUUAUGAGGAACAUAAACUCCUGUUGAAACAAGGGAAGAAGCGAAGGGGCCAGAGCGCCAGGGCCAGAACCGGUCUAGCGCAGGGAUACCAGCCAAUGGCAUGGGCGCGGUGCCUUCGUGGUGCGGCAGCAGCGACUCCACUUGCAAUAAAGGACAGCAGCGGCGACCCGCCUUGCUUGGGCAGCCUUGGCGCCUUCCCACUGACGGACAACUCACGGCCACGACUGCAUCUGCACGGAGAUGCUCGCUGGCCAUACUCCGUAGAGAGGCAGAGACUCAGAGAUUUGGCCGAGUGCUUACCUAGGACCGGUCUGAUCCAGAUUACUCCGGACCCUGGCCCGGUGCCAGUCGACAGGAGGCAUCGACAAUGGCAUGGAACCGUACAGUGUUCAAAUAAUGGCGCUACACGGUGGGAGCAGAUUCUUGCGUCCAUCUUGAGCGGACGAGUGUGA